CGAAGACGAGAACAGGUUUUGUUAAUUCACGUUUUCACAACCUUUAGACCACAGGCAAUAGAAAAACAAAAAAAGCAAGAUGUCUACCUCAAAUAAGAACGUCCCAUCGAUUCUGCAGUCCACUGUCAUGGGCGGAACAGCCGCUGUCUUUGCUGUGAAUUUCACCCACCCAAUUGAACUCGUAAAAUCUCGGGUGCAAGUCAACAACAUGGGAGUCAUUCAAACAAUUUCGGAUACAGCUAAGAACGAAGGUAUUGUGGCAUUCUGGAAGGUAAGAAUUGCGUUCCAUCGAGCUAACGGAUGGGAUUCAAUCUAUGGCAUUGCGACGCGGCUUCAUGUCUUUGAAACAAACCGAACAAUUAUACUUACUUUUUGUUUCUUCCUUCAUCGGUGCUCAUCCUGUGUAUUCAGGGACUUCCAUGGGCGUAUUGCAGAGAGGGAAGGUGAGAAGCGCAAAUUUUUGAUUCUCGAUGCGAGCUCAAUACGAGACGAAAAAAUUGCUGUGUUGUGUUCUGUUUCGUUAUUCUAUUCCUUUGAAUAUGCUCCCACUUAAACCGUCGCUCUCGUUUGUUCAUUUUCGCACCAUAGUUACACUGCUAUCCGACUUGGAGGUAAGAACAAAAACUGUUGUUUUGUUCGUACUCUAACUUUUUGGAAUGCUUCGAAACAAAAAAAAUUUCCACUGCUCUAACCAAUUGUUGCUUUGCGUUGGUGAACGUCUUCUCACUUGCCUAUAUUGUUGUAAUCGUUCUUUUCAAAAAAGCCUAUGCUCCCGUAAGAGAUGCAAUCGGUGCCGGUGCACCCGAUUCGCCAGUCUACAUGAAGUUUUUGGCGGGCGCCAUGACCGGGGCGAUCGGAUCGAUAGCCGGGUAAGAAUUCCAAAAAUGAGGUCGCCUUGCAGUGUUAUUUUAUAUUGUGUUGUUCCGUAUAAGAUCGCUCCCGUCGAUUUCACAACUUGACCGCAGCACAGUGUCAAAUCGUAGUGAAAGAGAAUGCCUGUUUCUGAAAAUCUGCGUUCCCGAUCUCAUAUUCAUGCGUGCAUAGCAACCCUUUCGACGUGUUGAAGGUAAGAAAUACAGAAGAGGGACUGCUAAUGGAAUCUUGUUUCAAUUUCUUUACUAAUCUCAAUGCACCGCUUCCGAUCAUAUUCAUGUAUACGACUAUGGUGUAGACCCUGAGCCAGACCAACAAGGGCAAAUCUGUUCCCCUCUCCACACUCGUCGGUCAGAUGUACAAAGACCAGGGAGUGGCGGGUUUUUACCGCGGUGUCGGCGUCAACGUAAUGAGAGCCAUUGUGCUAAACGCAACCAAGAUGGGUGUGUAUGACGUCGCCAAGGGACAGGUAGUAAAGAGCACCGGGUGGACCCGCAAGGAUCCCCGAACGGCGUUUUGCUCUAGUUUCCUCGCCGGUUUCUUCAUGACGUGCACCGUGGCUCCCUUUGAUCGGGUGCGAACCAAGCUCAUGAGUCAACCAACGAACGAGAAACUCUACACCGGUUUGUCCGACUGUUUCGUCAAGACCGUAAGCCAGGAAGGGCCACUGAGUCUAUGGAGAGGUUUUGUACCAAUGUAAGUCAACAAAACGAACAAGAUGAAAUGGUGAUUUGGUUCCAUGUUUAGGACGGCCUGUCGAACACCUUUUUGUGUGCACGUGCAUCUCAUGUUUUCCUGUUUCUUUUUACCAGCUGGGCGCGUUUCGCACCGAUGGCAACCCUGCAGUUGUUGACGAUUGAAUCACUCUAUGCUUUCUUUGGGUUUGACAGUAUUUAAAUUAAUCACAUGCAUUUAC